AUGCAAUUUUUUUCUAUUAUUUUCUUUAUUGAUAUUCAUAUAAUUGUUAUAUCGAUAAAAACUGAAAUAAAAUUUAAUAUUAAUGUUCCAUCAUUAUUUCGAUGUAAACAAAAUGGACGUGUUUUUUAUUUUGAUAAUUUUCCAACAAAUCAAUUAUUUAAUCAAACUAUAACAAAUCAAAUUAAGGAUUGUGAUUUAUCUUUAAUAAUACCAGAUAAACGUAUUAUAUUUGACGUUGAUAAACUUAUUUCACAAUGUAAUUUUCAAUUUUCAAAACUAGAAGAUCGUAUUAAUGAAAUAUUAUUUUUUAAAUCAAAUUGUUCAAUAGAUGAUCGAUGUAUACGAUUAACACCAUUAUUUGCAACAAUAAUUACCAAUCAUAGAACAACAAUAUCAAAUAAACCCACAUUAAUCGAUUUCGAUAUAAGAGGCAUUGGAACAGAAAAUAUUCAAAUAGGUGAAGAUCAAUAUGUAUUUUCUUUGAAUGAUGAUGGUUAUACAAAAAGAGGUUUUCGAAAAAAUCAAAUUGUUUUUAAAAUGAACCAAGAUAAAUAUCUUAGUAUGAUGUGCGAGUAUACUUAUAUAAAUAAUCCAAAAAAUAAAAAGUCUAUUUGUCGUUUUCAAUAUGGAGUUUUCAAAAAUUUUAUUCAAACAAGAAGUGGGAAAAUGACUUCAUCAGGAGAAGGUUGGACAUGGUUAUGUUAUUAUUAUCCAUCAGGUGCCGAAGAUCCAAUGGAUGAUACAAUGAUUAGUAAAGCUAUUGAAGAUUUCGAAAAAGCAAACUUAUCUAAACUUCGUAUUUCGCCAGUAUUUCAACUUUGGAAUUUAACCGAAUUCUUAGAUAAUUCUUCAAUGUCAUUAAAUCAAACGAACAAAGGCUCAUUAAUGCCCAUAUUUAUUCUUCUAUUGAUACUGAUUAUUGUUUCUGGAAUAUUUUAUACCGAAAUAAAAUUUCAUAUAAAUAAUGUACCAUCAUUAUUUCGUUGUGAAAAAAGUGGACCAUUAUUUUAUCUUGAUCAUUUUCCAAAUGAUGAUCUAUUUCAUCAAACAUUAUUAGAAAAUAAUCUUUCAUGUGAUUUAUCAUUAUCAGCAAUAGACCAACGUGUUAUUAUUGAAAUUGAUCAACUGGAUUUAUUAUGUGAAAUUCUGAAUAAAAAGAAACAUGCAAAUGAACUCCUUUUGUUUUCAUCUAAAUGUUCAAAAGAUUUGUGUAGAAAAUUUAUACCAACAACCGCUACAAUUAUUACUGAAUAUAAAACAGGAUACACAAGUAUCGAAAAAAUUAAUUUAAUUUUUCAUGGUAAUCAUUCAAGUAAAUUAAUGAUUGGUAAAUUAACGGAUCAUAAAUAUUUAGUAAGAAGAAGAAUAUGA